AUGCGGGCUUUACGGUCGGGAGUCAACGCAGCAGACGGAGCACCUCCCACGCUGUCCGGCUUCAGUGUUAGUUGUUCUCAAAUCGGUGCCAGUGAUAGUGGAAAGGUCAGAGUUUGUGUGGACGUUAUGUCAUCUGCCGCUGCAACUAAUCGAGCGAGUGACAUGUGGACCAACAGUGCCGAUCUUUACUCACACAGUGUACGUCAAGCCAACCACAGCCAUGGCUUCCAGUAUCCGAGUGCACCCGGAUACCAUCAAUAUCAGAAUACUUUCUAUUCUCAAAACACUGAUUAUUCACACGUGCAGAACACCGAAGCGAUGAAUAAACCCUCACAAAAUGUAAACAACAGUAUAGUGAAGACGGAACCUGUGAAUUGGCACAAUUAUCCGACCGAAUAUGGCAAUCAAGUGAAUCUGGAGAUGAUUAAUAAAUGGCGAGAAAUUAAUUAUUACGCACAGCACAACGAAAACUAUGCAUUUGAACAAAGAUCUUUGAUAGGUAGCGCGGGUUAUGAAUCUAAGAGCGACGAAAUUCGUUCGGUCAAUUCUCCUGGCCAAUGCAGCAUGUCGGAAGCCAGUUACGGUUCACCUCAUAGCACUUCCAGCGCUAUCAAAUUGUCAAAUCCAGAUGAAGAAGAUUCGCCUAACUUAAGAGCUCUAUUAACGAAAACACACGAUAAAAUUCAACCGUUCUACGGCAAAUACGAGAAAAAUUACGCCCCCGAAUCGUUGCAAAGGUACCGCGCGACCGACGUGAACGUUUGGAAAAAAACUGAAACUGCAGAUAUAGAUCGGAAUUUGUCCCAAUUUCACGGUGAAUUUCAAAAUAGCGUGAAGGAACAAACAGAAAUCAAAGGGAAAGACGCCGUGGGUGUGGCGCCGUUCGCAAAGGAGAGCGCGCAGUCAUCACUAGGUUCUGCAGAGAACUGUCAAGACAUGACAAGGGUCAAUACAGGCGGGGACAAUCCGGAUUAUGGCGAAAACAAAAUGGCCGCUGCACCAGAAGUACAAGCUUUCUACCCAUGGAUGAAGAGCACAGGAGGUGACGACAAAAAGGAAGGAUCUAAGCGAACGAGGCAAACUUACACUCGUUUCCAGACUCUAGAGCUGGAAAAGGAGUUCCACUUCAACAAAUAUCUCUCCAGGCGGCGACGAAUCGAGGUCUCACAUGCGCUGGGACUGACGGAGAGGCAGAUUAAAAUUUGGUUCCAGAAUCGCAGAAUGAAAGCGAAGAAAGACGGAAAGUUGUCUACUUCGCCGGAUCCUUAUGGAGUUGAAGACAUAAGUGCCACUAAGUUAAACAAUAUGACGGAGUACAUGGAUACUAGACAACAAAUGCCCACUCUAAACGAUUACUCAAAUUAUCAUUUACAUAACAACACCUCACCUAAUCUAAGCGCAAUGACAGGUGAAAGCAGCAGUGACAAUGGCAAUAAUGACUACUCAGUCAGCGAUGCAGAAAUGAACGGAAUUGAAGUGCUAGUACAG